ACAUAAUGCCAGUCGCAUAAAAAACAACAAGAACGAAGAAAGCUAAAAACGGAAGUUGUCAACAUAGCAGUUAGACGACACGAGGCAAAUGGCGACGACGACAAAAUGUAAAGGAAUGGCUUCAAAAGCAUGAAAGAGUUGAUAAAGGAAAGUCAAAUAACGACUGCUGACGAAAUUCUGGGGUGUUUAAAAGAAAACAAUGGCGUCUGGUGAGGAAGAACCGACUCGAACAAGAGAGGCGAACGAGCUACAACAGCUGAAUGUUUGCUCGACUAGCUUGUCGCUGCACAGUCAGGACGGCAAAUUGCUGAUUGGGCGUCAAGGACAGUCUCAGGCUGGGAGAUCCACUGUGAAGCAGGUGGAUCCACAUCUUCCCAACAUUAAAGAGGAGGGCGAGGAGGAAGUCUGGUUUGCUCAGGAGGGACGGGUACCCUUGAAGACUGAAGACCAUGACGACCCUCAGAAGCUGUUUGGACGUCAAGAAAGGAGACACACUUCCAAGCGCAAGGAUCCACACCCCGCCCACGUUAAAGAGGAAGAGGAGGAACUCUGGGUCACGCAAAAGGGAGAAAGUCCUCUCGAGCUGGAAGAGACCAGUCUCACCAAGCUGCCACUGACGAUUGUCUCUGUGAAGAUCGAAGACCACGAAGAAGAACCACCCGAGUCCUCGCAGUUUCAUCUCAAUCCAAGCGAGGAGAUGACGGGAACGGAAUCUGAUGAAGACCACUGUGGAGGAUCACGAGCAGACAACCUCUUGGCGCCGCUGUCGGAUAGCGACGACACGUCACGCUCUCCUGUUGAUGAAGACGGAGACGACAGCCACGGAUCUCUGAGCAGCGACGCCGACUGUGAAACCGACAAACACGCUGAAGAGAAAACGGUUAAAGAAUGUUUUCUUUGCUCAGUUUGUGCGAAGACAUUUACCAAAAAGGGCACGUUGACUCGACACAUGAGAACACACAAAGGAGAGAAACUUUUUAGUUGCUCGGUUUGCGGUCGACGAUUCUCUCGAAAAUCCCACAAGGAGUCUCACAUGAGAACGCACACGGGAGAGAAACCCUUUAGUUGCGCGGUUUGCGGUAUAACGUUCUCUCAAAGGUUUUCAAUUGUGUCGCACAUGAGAACGCACACCGGAGAAAAACCCUUUCGUUGUUCUGUUUGUGGUAAACAAUUCUCCCAUAACAGCAGUAUGGUAAAACACAUGAGAACGCACACGGGGGAGAAACCUUUUAGUUGUUCAGUUUGCGGUAAAAGCUUCGCUGUGAAGGUAAAUAUGGUGUCACACAUGAGAACGCACACCGGAGAAAAACCUUUUCGAUGCCCGGUUUGCGGGGAACGGUUCUCCCGAAAGUCAAACAUGGCAUCACACAUGAUAACACACACAGGAGAAAAGCCAUUCAGUUGCUCGGCUUGCGGAAAAAGAUUCUCUGAUAAAAGUAGCAUGGUGAAACACAUGAGAACACACUCGGGGGAGAAACCAUUUAGUUGUACGCUUUGUGGUAAAAGUUACUCGUAUAAGACAAGUUUGACAGCGCACAUGUCGACACACACUUUAGCGUCUUCAUCAUCAGCGUCAGGAGAGUGUGACGUCGUGUCGUCGCUAUCCGACAGUGGAGCGAAAAGGCUGAACACAAGUCACUGCGAAAUCUUCCAGUCGAUCAAAAUGACUGAUGCUGCGAUCCUCCUCUUCCUCCUUAACGUGAAGGGGCUUCGGCGCCUCCUGCUCCACCAUCUUUUGUUCGACAAAGUUCCUCCAUUCCUGCCGUUCAGGGGGAAGAUCUUCUUCACUGGCACAAUAACGGUCAUUGAAAGCUUUGUCACACUCAGGACAUUUAAAGCGUCUGCUUUUGAUGCUUCCUGUCAGCAGCGUGAAGUUGUUGACGUUGUCGCUCGUUCUCUUCUUUUGUUCGAGAAAGUUCCCCAUCGUACCAUGCUAGCGUUCUUUCGAACGCUACAAAUAUUUCGUCAACAGCCGCAGUUAAACGCCGAUUCACCAGUGCUCUCAGCAUCUCUUCGAUGGUCGUGUGCAGAGUUGAGCUGCUGCUUGGAGGCUCCAGCUCUCUCGUCUCCUCGCUUUGACCUUUAUCUUCAUCGUCUUCAUUCUUCACAGGAAACGGUUCCAGACUAUCAAACUUUAGAGCCUUCGUCGUUAGUGUCAGGACAGUUUGACGUCAUGUCGUCACUAUCCGAUAGCGGCGCUAAGAAGUUGUCUGCUUGUGAACCUCCAUCAGCUUCGAUGGUCGUCUUUGACGGUCGUGUGCUGCUGAGUUGGAGGCUCCAGCUCUCUCGCCUCUUCGCUUUGACAUUUGUCUUCAUCGUCUUCAUUCUUCACUGGAAACGGUUCCAGACUAUCAAAAUGAUCCUCCUCUUCUUCCUCCUUUUUAAUGUGGAGGGGCUGUGGCUCCUCCUGCUCCACCUUGCAUCUCCACUCCUGCUGCUCAGGGGGAAGAUCUUGACGGAUAGCGUGAGUGUAAAGUGUUGUGAUUGCGUGGUAAUGUGUGAAAGAACGAUAACAAGAUACGGGGAGGAACUUUCUCCAACAGAAGAGGAGAACGAACUGCCGGACGCUAUUUUCAAGAAGCAUCAAGUUGUGUUCGACAUAGCAGAUGUUAGCGAAGAAGAAGAUCUUCCCUCAGAUCAUCAGGAGUGGAGCUCCAGGGUGGAGCAGGAGCAGAAUCCCGCCCACAUUAAAGAGGAGCCACAGCCCCCCUGCAUUAAAGAGGAAGAUCCCAGCAUCUACCAAGAGGGACGGCACCUUCAAGGACCGAAGGAGUUCCCGUUGACUGGUGUGAAAAGUGAAGAUGUUGACGACAAAAGUGAAGACCGGAGCGAAGUGGAGCUUCCAGGCAGCAGCUCAACUCAACACAUGACAUCAGAACCUGAUGGAGACCACUGUGGACGAUCACAAGCGGACAACCUCUUAGCUCCGCUAUCAGAUAGCGACGACGCCGCAUCACACCCUCUUGAACUUGAUGAUGAAAACCCUAAAACUGACAACACGCACUUCAAAUGCUGUCACUGUGGCAAAACAUUUCAUCACCACAGUCAUCUGAAAGAUCACAUAAGAAUUCACACAGGAGAGAGACCCUUUGUGUGCUCCGUUUGCGGUAAAAGAUUCUCUCAAAAAGGAACUUUGACGAUACACACAAGAAUGCACACAGGAGAGAAAAAUUUUUCCUGUCCCGUGUGUGGAAAAGACUUUGCACGACAAUAUGAGGUGAAAGUGCACAUGAGAAGACACACCGGAGAAAAACCUUACUCCUGCUCCAUUUGUAGUAAAAGCUUCUCUCUGAAGGCACACAUGAUAACACACACAAGAGUACACACAGGAGAGAAACCUUUUUCCUGUUCAGUUUGUCCUACAAGCUUUACACGGAAUCACUGUUUGAAAAGACACAUGAAAACACACACUGAGGAGAAACCUUCUACUUGCACAGUGUCUGACUCGGGAGUCUGCUGUGUACGACUUGCUCAAACGUCGUAUUUGACUGAACUUCCCGCAAUUAACGCUGGAAAAGAGAAACCUUUCACCUGUUCAGUGUGCGGUUUAAGUUUUGCUCGGAAUUCAAAUCUGAAAACACACAUGAGAAAACACUCUGGAGAAAAAACGUAUUUUUGUUCGAUCUGCAACAAACGCUUUAAUGUCCGAGCAUCGCUUGAAGAACACAUGAGAGGACACACUGAAGAAAGACCAUAUUACUGCUUAAUCUGCCAUAAAAGUUCUUACGACCGCGCGGCGCUUGUAAGACAUAUGCAAAGACACAUAGACGUCAGUGAAGAAGAUCUUCCCCCCGAGCUUCAAGAGCAGAGCUACAAGGAGGAUCCACAACCCCCGCAGGAGGAGGAAAACUGCAUCAUUCAGGAGGGAGAGCAUCAUGAAGGACUGGAGGAGGCCCCACUGAUUGCUGUCCCUGUAGAGAGUGAAUAUAAUGGGGACAAAGGUCAAGUGGAUCCUCUAAAUAGUAGAUCAGGGACAACAGAAGCCGACGGAGGAUCACAAACAGACACAUCCGAUCAUGAAGACUCCACAUUUGAUCCGACAUUUCACAUCGACAACGCGCACUUCAAAUGCUUCCAAUGUAGCAAAACUUUCAAUCACCGUUUUAAUCUGAGAGUACACAUGAGAACGCACACAGGAGAGAAACCAUACGUGUGUUCGGUGUGUGGUAAACGUUUCACUCAGAAAUCAAGUUUGACUGCACACACGCGGAUACACACCGGAGAGAAACCUUUUUCAUGUUCAGUCUGCGAUUCACGUUUCGGACAAAACCAAUCUUUGACCAUACACAUGAGAAGACACACUGGAGAAAGACCAUAUUCCUGCUCAAUCUGCAACAAAAAUUUUUGUGAUCGAUCAGCACUCGGAGUUCACAUGAGGAGACACAUGAGGGAGAAAAAAGAGAGAUGCAAUGUGUGUGAUGAAAGAUUCCUUUAUAAGUACCAGCUUCACAAUCACAAGUGUAAACAGUAACAGUAAAUGAAGCUGCAGUACUUGAUGUGUGGCUGCUAUUUGCAGUAAUACUGUGUUCUUAUAGGUUGAUUUGUGUUCUAUUCAAUUUUUCUUGCUUAUUUUUACUUUUUGGUUUUAACCCAUAUGGAUUUGUAAAGCAAGAACAAUGGAAUUGUGAUAUUUUACCAGUAUUCCUAUUGAUAUUACCAGUAUUAGUUAUCGUUACAGUAUAGACAGAAACGUAACAGACACGAGUAUGAAA